AUGGUAGGCUGCACUAGGUGUUGCGUGCACACUUCAAUGAGAGCAGUGAACUUAUUUGUCAAUCUUUGUGGUGUCGGAGUGAUUAUCUACUCUCUUUGGCUCAUCAAGAAAUGGCAAGUUGGAGUUUCUGAGCUGCCUUCUGUUUCAUAUAUACCUAAGCCAUGGUUUAUAUAUACAUGUUUAGGUGUGGGAAUGGCAGUCUGCUUAAGCACACUUUGCGGUCAUAUCGUUGCUCACCGUAGCAGCAGUUCUGUUCUCUUCAUAGUAUCCUUUCUGAUGAGCUUGGAUGAACAGCUUUCAUACCACUAA